AUGUCGUGGCAACCGGCCCCGGAGUCGUUGAGCCAGCUUGCGGCAUGUCUCAAAGACUCCCUCAGCGGAUUCGACAAGAAUGCCCAGAAGCAGGCUGAGCAGAUGCUUCAACAAGCUAAAGCCUCGCCUGACAUUAACAACUAUCUAGCAUACAUCCUCUCCAGCCCCCAGACCCCCGAGGGUCUGCAGUGCAGCGAGCAAGACUAUCAUCUCGUUCGAUCGGCCGCUGGUAUCAUGCUGAAGAACAAUGUCAAGACAGAAUGGAAGACGAUCCCAGAGUCCAGCCUACAGCUCAUCAAGCUCGCCGUCCCCAUGUGCUUGCAGGAUAAGAAUUCGCAAAUUCGAAACUUUGCCGGAAACAUUGCCACUGAGAUGAUCAAAAAGGCCGGCUUACUGGCGUGGCCAGAGCUACUUCCUCAGCUCCUCGACAUGAUUUCCAACGAAAAUGGCCAGUUUUCCAACGAAGCUCAAGAGGGUGCAAUGUCUGCCAUGGCCAAAAUCUGCGAAGACAACUUCAAACUUCUUACCAAGGAGAUCAACGGCCAACGACCGCUCAACUAUGUUCUUCCCAAGCUGAUUGCCGCAACCAAGAACCCCCUCCCAAAGGUUCGUGCCGGAGCGCUGACCGCAAUCAACGUCUUCACACCGAGAUCAUCACAGGCCAUGAUGAACAGUGUCGACGACCUGCUCCAACACCUCUUCAUCUUGUCAGGAGAUGACAAUACUGAUGUUCGCCGGCAAGUGUGCCGAGCCUUUGUUCACCUGGUUGAGACCCGGCCCGACAAGCUACAGCCUCAUAUUACCGGAUUGGUAGACUACAUUAUCAACCAGCAGAAGAGCGACGAUGAAGAUCUUGCCUGUGAAGCUGCCGAAUUCUGGCUAGCUGUCGGUGAACACGACGAACUCUGGGGUUCUCUGCAACCGUACCUCAACAAAAUUAUCCCCGUCUUGCUACAGUGCAUGGUUUACGGCGGGGAGGAUAUCGCUCUUCUCGGUGGUCUUUCAGAUGACGAAGAUGAAGAAGAUCGAGAGGAAGACAUCCGGCCGGCUUUUGCCAAGAAAGCCUCAGCAAGAACUGCAAACGGCGAGGGAAACCUUUCAGCCGACCCUAACCAGAACGGCGGCGGUGCCUACGAGAAGCUUGCGCGCAUGGAUGAGGGGCAGGAGGAAGGUGAGGUUGAUGAUUUUGACGAUGGGGAUGAUGCGAACCCCGACGAGAGAUGGACUGUCAGAAAGUGCUCAGCAGCUGCACUGGACGUCUUCGCCCGCGACUUUGGCGGGCCUGUGUUUGAAGCUAUUUUCCCCUACCUCUCUCAAAACCUGAAGCACGACGAGUGGCCUUACCGAGAGGCCGCCGUCCUGGCUCUCGGUGCGGUAGCUGAUGGCUGUAUGGAUACCGUUACUCCUCACCUCCCUGAGCUGGUGCCGUAUUUGAUUUCUCUGCUUGAAGAUCAGGAGCCGGUUGUCAGACAAAUCACUUGCUGGGCUCUGGGACGAUACUCAUCUUGGGCGGCCAAUCUCUCUGAACAGUCUCAACGAGAGCAAUUUUUCCUGCCAAUGAUGGAUGGUAUCCUGCGCAAGAUGCUGGAUAAGAACAAGAAGGUCCAGGAGGCAGGUGCCUCAGCGUUUGCGAACCUGGAGGAGAAGGCCGGCAAGAGGCUGGAGCCGUACUGCGGCCCCAUCAUCCAGCAGUUUGUACUGUGCUUUGGCAAAUACAAGGAUCGCAACAUGUAUAUCCUGUACGACUGUGUUCAGACGCUGGCCGAGCGUCUGGGCCCCGUCAUUGCCAAACCUGAGUUGGUAAACCAGCUGAUGCCAGCGCUGAUUGAGAGAUACAAUGUUGUCUCUGACCAGUCUCGCGAACUCUUCCCGCUCCUAGAGUGUCUCUCCUAUGUCGCAUUGGCCCUUGGCCAGGCUUUCACCCCCUAUGCGCCCACAAUCUUCCUACGAUGCAUCAACAUUAUCCAUACGAACCUUGAACAGAGCAUCAACGCGAAUACUAGCGAUGCUGUAGAUCAGCCCGAUAAAGAUUUCCUCAUCACAAGCCUUGACCUCCUGAGCGCCAUUAUCCAAGCGCUCGAAGACGAAAAGUCAAUCGAACUGGUCAAGACCUCACCGCAUCCCUUCUUUGAGCUCCUCGGCUUCUGCAUGGAGGAUCCCACGGACGAGGUGCGACAAUCUGCGUACGCGUUACUCGGCGACUGCGCCAAGUACGUCUUCCCGGAGCUUCAGAACUACGUCCCUACCGUCCUCCCAAUCUUGUUGAGGCAGUUGGAUAUGGACAGUAUACUCGACGAGGAAAUUGAAAGCGGGUUUGGCAUCGUCAACAAUGCCUGCUGGUCGGCCGGCGAGAUUGCUAUGCAACACCUCAAGGGUAUGCAGCCUUGGGUGCCAGAGCUCCUUCAGCGCUUCGUAGAGAUCAUGACCAAUCCCGGUGUGCCCAAGGGCCUUACCGAGAAUGCUGCCAUUGCCCUGGGACGUCUUGGCCUAGGCAACGCAGAGCAGUUGGCACCCGCACUACCAAAGUUUGCAGAAGAGUUUUUGGCUGCGAUGCAAGAGGUUGAUCCGACAGAGGAAAAGGCAACAGCAUUCAAGGGAUUCACAUUGGUUGUCGGACAGAACCCCCAGGCCCUGGAGAAGGUUUUGUUGAACUUUUUUGUUGCAAUUGCGCGAUACCAGGACAUGAACUUGCGGAAUCCUAUCAAGCAAGAGCUACACGACGUGUUCCAAAAUGUCCUAAACGUCUACAAGCAAAUCAUCCCGCAAUUUGACAACUUUAUCGGCCAGCUGCAGCCUCAAGAUCAGCAGGCGUUGAAGACUCUCUAUGCGAUAUGAGAGCAGUGACCAGUCUGCGUAGUGUUGUUGCAAUGAGAAAAAAAGGAAACGAGCAACAACUGAGCUGGAGAAGAAACUUGAAAAGUUAGCGCUGGGCGUAGAGGGGAAGAGAUGAUCUCGUAAAGCGAAUCUCUAACGGAACUAACUUGAUGCGCAGAGGUCGCCUGUGUUCCCAAGGCCCAGUGAGGAGAAUAUAAUAUUGUUUGAAACUCAUAGCGAUACUUUUACUGCCCAGCAGCUCCAUGGGAAAGGGGGUACGCAUGGUUGGAUUGGCUGAAUGACAAUGGAAGCUUGCGGAAAUAUGGGGGGGCGCAAUAGCAAAGAAAACCAGAAAUAACAAAGCGCGUGCUCUGGAGUACCGCAAGCGGAUGAGAUACCUUUUUUUGGAACGAUGUGAUGAUGGAAAAGAAAAAUAGUUAAAGGAAGAGUGAAAAGCCAAAGCAUGGAGGAAAAUACGGGAAACACAGGUGUCUUGAGCUUUUUUUAAGGGGGGGGGGUGAAGGUGGGAGCUUUUCUUGGGGGCUCCAAGCCCAUAUUCACUUUUUAUAGAUAGAUUUUUUUUGUUAUACUUUACUCCCUUUUUUAUCUUCCUCUCUUUUUUUUUUCACCCUCGACCAUAUUCUGCAUAUAUACAGAGUGGUAGGGGGGGACUGAAAAAUACGCCGUGCUGCGUUGCCUUUUGCGUUGCCGGCGGUCCAUAGUAGUAGUUAGUAGUUAGAAUCCAAAAUACAGAAAGGUGGCUUUAUUUAUGC